UUCUAUUUAGACCGCAGUGAAGGUCAGAGUGAGGGCGAAACAGGUCUACAGUAUGUUUAAACGGAUGAAUCGAUUCUGUUGCCAGAAAAUCAAUGAAUAAGAAUAGCUGCAGGGCGCAACCUGUUUGGGGCAUGUGCGGACACAGUCGGGUCUACGGAGAGUGUCACGGGAUAAUUAGUCACAGUCAUUUUAAAUAGAGUCAGUUUCACUUCUUUUUCCACUCCGGCUGACUGGCUGUACGUAGGUACACAGACCACAUGAAAAUGCAGAAUCAGAACAACCAGACCCCGACAGGAGCUGAGGUCACAGCGACCACUCGGACCCAGAAAACCAUCCUGCCCCAGGUCAGAUACCAUCCAACCAUCCAGACUCAGACUUCUGGAGACAGAGCACGACCCCAAACCCCUAAAACCACUGAAACCAGAACCAGUCGAACACAGAAGACUAGACCUGGAACUGUACACCCCUCUCAGACUCUGAGUCAGCAGGGGGACAACACCGCCCAGGUUGAUCCAUUUCCUGCAGUUAAACCAUUUCCUGGUGGAGGACAACACCAAAAACAGAGAACUCAAACACCUGUUAAGAAGCAGAAUCAGAAACUGGUUCAGAGUGUGGAUACAGAUCCAGAUCCUACUCAAAAACCAGAUCACUUCUCUAACAGAGCCCCUCCCAGACCAGAGGAGGUUCCUCUGGGUCUUACGGUCCAGUUGGACAGGUCUGUGAUAGAGGAGGUGGAGGUUCUUACCCGUGGACAGAGUACCAACCAGGACUGGUUCUCUUGGAGGAAGAACCGGAUCACAGCCUCUGUCGCUCAUCGCAUCGCUCACUGCCGCUUUGUUAACGGCAAAAACAAAACUCCACCCACCUCCUACCUGGCUGCUGUCACAGGUGAGGGUCGCAGAGUCCAGACCAGAGCCAUGAGCUGGGGGGUCCAGAUGGAGGCCAAGGUCGUCCACAUCUACCAGAGACUGAAGAGUCAGGCGUUAGGUCGGUUGGUCAUGGUUCAGGACUGCGGUCUGUUCAUUGAUGCUCGCCAUUCCUGGUUGGCAGCAAGUCCUGACGGCAUCGUGACGGACAGCCGGACCGGCCGAUGGCUGCUCUGCCUCGAGGUGAAGUGUCCCUACAAACACAGACACAGACGAGUGGAGGAUGCCUGCAGGGAGGACCCUGCUUUCUGUCUGGAGAUACAGGACGGAAACGGACGGGAGCCCGGAGGGUCUCCAGUCUACCGUCUGAAGACAUCCCACAGUUACUUCACACAGAUCCAGUGUCAGCUUGCGGUGACAGGCCUGCAACAGGCAGACCUCGUUGUCUACACCAUGAAGGAGACAGCCAUCGUCCCAGUGACAUUUGACCCCGACCUGUGGGAGGAGACAGUGUCCAAGUUGGAGGUGUUUUACAAGGAUGCUGUCCUGCCUCAUCUCAGAAAGAAGACACAGCAGGAGAUGGCAGCAGCCCGGAUGCCAGAGCUGUAGAGAACAGCUGGAGCUGAGUCUCCUGCUGUUCUCUGCUGACCUCUUUCCAAUCGCUUAACCUGCUGCCAGCUGCUCCAGUGGGUCCAGCUGGAACUGAAGUGUUGUCCAGAAACCUGGACCCUGUCCUCAUCAUGUAAACAGACGAAGGACCUGGUUCCAGCUGUGGUCAAACAACACAGUUCAUCUCAUGUAUGUAUGCGUAAUGUAACUGUUUUGAACAUUUGAGCUGUUCCUCUCGUGACCACUAGAGUCUGGCUCCAACAGUGAGUCAGUCUCCAUAGACUCCCAUGUUAAAAUGUCCAACUUUACA